AUGGCACCUUCUUCAUAUGGCUUGGAUGCGCCGGGAGCACUUCCUUUGCAGCCCGUUCAGACCGGCUUCUUCUCCUUCGAUCCGGAAAAGCUGCUAUGCGCUGGCGGCGGUCCCUGGUACGACUGCAGGCUGAACAAGUGGGGCGACCACGUUGUCGCAUGUGAAAAGUGGUGUGGCAUGCCGCCCCUCAUACCACUCUUCUGGCUGAAGUCAAUGUUUACUGACUGCAAGUUCACCAACGCGCAUCCAGAUGACGACGGCUUCUUCAAGUUGCCAUUUCCCGACAUUGGUGGCCUGAUCAAAGCGAAGAUGGCGCUCCUGAGCCCUCUGAAAUUCGAGCCUUGGCGGGGCUGGCCCAUUCGAGAGGAGGAUCCCAUGAAGUUUGACCCAAACGGAGGGUUGCCGGAUGAUUCCACCAGGGAAAUCACGAAAAUUUGUUGUCAAAAGCCGACGAAAAAGUGCCUCACCAUCGGCGAACCCACGGUCGUCGUGAGGGCGCUACCUGCUGCGGUCGCAACACUGUUUGCAGAUGAAGGUCUCCUCACGGUGCAAAGACACCACCGUGGGAAAGAGCAAAGGCUGAAAGGCCGCAGAGAUGCCCAAAGAGAAGCCCAGGAGUUCCUUUGA